GGAAAAAAACCAAAACAAUGCCAGAGAUAGAGGGGAAAAAUUACAAAAUUGAUAAGAGGGACAAUUUAGCACCCCUCACCCCUCCCACACAAAUGCUUCUUUAAGGCGAGAGAGAGAGAGAGAGAGGGAGGGAGAGGGGGUGAGAGAGAGGGAGAGAGGGUUUUGGAAUUUUAAAAGAGUGAGUUGGGAGCUCAAAGGGAGUGAGUUGGAAUUUUAAAAGAGUGAGUUGGGAGAGAGAGAGAGAGGGAGAGCAGGCCAUCUCAUUUGAACUUAAAAGAGUGAGAGUUGGGAGCUCAAAGGGAAGUGAUAAUGGAUUUCUUAGGAGUGAUCCUUGGGUUGGGUUUUGGAAUUUUAUUUAUUUAUUAUGCUUUGUUAAAUUGGAAUGAGAUGAGAUAUAACAGGAAGAAGAAGGGUUUGCCUCCAGGGACCAUGGGCUGGCCUGUGAUUGGAGAAACUACCAGGUUUCUUAAGCAAGGGCCAGAUUUCCUGAAGAAUCAGAGGGCUAGGUAUGGGGCUUUAUUCAAGUCACACAUACUGGGAAGUCCAACAGUAGUGUGCAUGGAUCCGGAACUAAGCAGACACAUCCUGAUGAACGAAGGCAAGGGAUUUGUACCUGGAUACCCGCAGUCCAUGAUGGAUAUAAUGGGGAAAAGCAACAUCGCAGCAGUCACUGGCUCCCUCCACAAGACUAUGAGGGCUUCGAUACUCGGCCUUCUCGGCGCGUCUGUGAUCAAAGGCCAGCUACUACCCAAGAUUGACCAGUUCAUGAGGUCCCACCUCCGCAGCUGGAGUCACGAGAUCAUAGACAUUCAACAAAAGUCCAAGGAGAUGGCAUUUUUGUUAAUGCUGAAGCAAGCUGCCAGCACUGAAACUAAUCCAUUUGCUGAAGCCAUUAAAGCCGAGCUCUUUCAGCUUGUUCUCGGAACUUUCUCCUUACCCAUCAAUCUACCAGGCACUAACUAUCAUCGUGCUCUCGAGGCAAGGAAGAAAAUUAUAUGUAUGUUGACAGAGAUUAUUGAAGAAAGAAGAGCUUCUUCGAGCUUGCAUCAUGACAUGCUUGAUUGCCUAUUGCAGCCUGAGGAAGGAUCAAAAGCAAAACUGACGAAUGAUCAGAUCAUCGAUGUGAUCAUUGCUCUGAUUUAUUCAAGUUAUGAAACUGUUUCCACGACAUCGAUGAUGGCUGUCAAGUACCUCCAUGAUCACCCAAAAAUCCUUGAAGAUCUCAGGAAUGAACAUUUAGAAAUCAGAAAAGGGAAGUUACCUGGGGAUGCACUUAACUCUAACGACUACAAGUCCAUGAACUUCACUCGUGCAGUGAUUUUAGAAACGUUGAGAAUGGCUUCAAUUGUUAAGGGAGUUUUGAGGAAAACAACUGAAGAUAUAGAAAUAAGAGGAUUUGUGAUUCCCAAAGGGUGGAAAAUCAUUUUGUAUAUGGGGGAGAUGAACUAUGACCCAUGUCUAUACCAUGAACCUCUAACCUUCAAUCCAAGGAGAUGGAUGGAUGAGAACUUGGAGGCACAUCAACUGUUCUUUGGGGGAGGAAGCAUUUGGGUUGAACAAGAGAUCAAAAAAGGAAAUAAAUAA